AGAAGCCCCCGGGUUCAACUGGAGAAAGUUUACUUCUGUCCAAAGCGCUCCAUGGUGAAUCACCUACUCAUAAAAACCCCCAGAUUAAAUUGUGAGCACUGAGAGAGCUCAAGAUCUGCGUUAAGACACACUGGGAACUCAUUGCAAUCCAGCAGGAGAAACAUGACAAACAUCUGCACUGUAUGAAACCAGUUAAAUGGCUGCUCACAUGUUUCGCUGGAACUCUUUCCACCAUGAGCUCCUUUGAAGACGCCGAGACGGAAGAAACGGUGCCGUGCCUCCACAUGACCUUUUACCACCCUUGCCAAGGGGAGAAGAUGAUGUUCCGCUGCCUGAACUUCUGCAAGCGAGAGCAGGUCAGGGCGGACGAGGCGGCCAAGUUCGGCCGCGACUCCAGCGUCUGCCGUUACAGCCUGAUGGACGCUCGCGUCUCCCGCAUCCAGUUCUCCCUGCAGUUCUACAGGAAGCUCCACAGCUCGGAAUGCUGCUUCGAGAUCAAGAACUUGAGCAAGAGGACAAAGCUGACCGUGAACCAGACGGAACUGGGUUACCUGAACAAGGUCGACCUGCCCUGGAGGUGCGUCAUCUGUUUUGGGGACUACCAGAUCUUGGCAGAGGUCCAAGAAGGGGAGUCCGUGGAUUAUUUUGAGACUCACCUGCACUUGGCCGAAGCGCCAAUCUUACAGGAGAGAUCCCUGCCAUCCCUGCCAUCCCUGCAGCCGGUACCCGAGAGUGGCAUUUCUUCUUCCAUUUUCCUUUGCCAAGACAAAAGCCCCACAGAGAUGGAUGAAAACGAGCCGUGCUAGCAGGGAGGAGGAGGCUGGAUCAGAUUUUGCAGACUGCACAGCUCCCAGCAUGGAAGGCUGUCACCUCAGUCCAGUAUUCCUGGUGGUUCUCACCCCUGCACAUCAGCCCUUCUUACCUGGUGUUUUCAGCACGGGCAUUCCAGAACAUACUUUGUUCCAGACAAGAACAGAUUCCUGGCACUGCCUUCACAGGGCCAUAAGUGCUCUCUGAUCACCAGUUUGCCUGUGGGAGACAGGGGGCCACUCAAAUCCAGGGCAGCAGGUUCCAUUCCAGAACUGUGACCACGUGCCUUGAAGGGAUGUUUAACAGGCAUUAUUAUUAACACAGAGCACACACGACGUGGUUUUGGUCCCAGCUAAGGAGGGACAUAAUUCCUCACUGCAUUUGUUGUACUUUGCUUUUGACAUGGAAUUCCAAACAGUAUUUGCAAGCCUAGGUUGUAACUUGCUGAA